AUGGUCCAUUUUGUUGGUCGGUUAAAAAAACCGCAGUCCAUAUUGGUCGCUGAGUUGCGUGGUUGCAAAGUGCAGACCACUCUGCCGCCCUACACCUGCGAGCUGCACGGAGGGAGCUGGGAGGAGUUGUGGUCCAAAGAGAAACAGGACUAUUGCUGCACUCAUUUCAAUCAAGCUUGUGAUCGCUUCGACUGCGACUACCUGCAGAGUCAUAGCAAGGAACUGUGGACGGAGGAGAAACAGUCCUGUCGUGAUGACCAAGCCCUCUGUCGUCUCAGUCUUGCUGGUUCCUUGUUCACUGAGAGCUACAAAUCCAAAUGGGCUGACCAGAAUGAUGCAUGUCCCUGGUGCGGUCAGAUUGACCACUUGCGGCAUCGGUAUUGGGAGUGUCCUCAACAUGCUGACUUGCGCGCUUCGUUGGCCCCGGAUGUUCUGCCCUUGUUGGACUCCAUCCCUUCGGCACUUUCACUGCGUGGGUGGGCGCUUCACCCCCCUACUUGGGCUGAUUGGAUUUGCACUUUGCUCAGUCUGCCUUCGGAGCUUCCUUUGCCCAUGUGUGGACUUUCUCCGGGCACGUGGAAUCAUGUCUUCACCGACGGGUCUUGCCUCCACUCUGCCGAACCACGGUAUCGCUUGGCCUCCUGGUCUGCUGUGCUUGCCCCUGCAUGUGAUCGGCUUUGGACUCCUGGUUGUUUGACCGUCUUUGGAGCCUCGUUCCUCCCGGGUUUGUGUCAGACAGCCUACCGCUCAGAACUCUUUGCUGUGGCGUAUGUUUUGCAUUGGGCCGCGCUAUUUCGUGCACCAGUUGUUAUUUGGUCAGACUGCCGCAGUGUCAUUCUGAAAUGCUUCAAUCAUUUUUGGGGUCAUCGUCGCAUCAAUGUCAACAGACCUCAUUCUGAUUUGUGGCAGUGGAUUGCAAAUUCAGUUGCAGUUUUGGGUACAGAGCGUAUUCGUCUUCGCAAAGUACCUGCCCACAAGGAUCCAGCUCACGCCCGCUCCUUGGAAGAGGCUUGGCAGAGUUUUCACAAUGGCCUUGCAGACAAAGCAGCUAGGUUGGCCAACCAGGCCAGGCCACCGUGUUUCUGGAAGCAGUGGGAAAACCAUGUGGAGGCCACACACAGAGCUGAUUUGCUGUUUCAACAGGUUCAUGCGCUGCACUUGGAAGUUGGACGACGGCAGGUGAAGUGUAUGCCGGUUGCCACAGUGCCUGCAGCCCUGCCCAAGGUUGCGAGAUUGUUUGGCUACAGUCAUGCGCACAGAGCCGCCCAAUGGUUACAGACGCGCCUUGUGACAGCCGACGAUGAUUCUUUGGUGUGGGUGUCAUUUGUUCAGCUUUACAUUGAUUUUCACUUGACCUGGGGCAACCCAGGCCCAUUGUCGGUGCAACAGCAAUGGGUUGACGUUGAGCAGCGGCCAUAUCUGGAAGCUGAACGCUUUGCCUUCAGACAACGGAUUCGCUCGUUCAGACGUUUCUUGAAAAACUUUUGGCAGGAGGCUGGACUCCACAUUGCCCUAGAGCAGACCAAGCCGCACUCGCAGGUUGUGCAAGCAUUCCUUCCUGCUGCUUCGCUCCCUUGGGACAUGAAGGCGUUGCAGACAGUGGACAUUUGGCUGAUGCGACAGCUUGCUGGGCCUUGCGUUAGAGGGGGCGAGUGCUGUGACAACAAGAAGGUCGGUUGUGUCAGCUUCGACUGCAAUGCUGAUCAUCUUGACGCACAUGCAGCUCGCUUGAAUCAGAGAUGCAGCCCCACAACCGAGGCAGACUGGACCGCGGAACACAAGCAAUGGUGCUGUGACCAUGAGAAGAAGUUCUGCGCUGGGGAGGCGGAGACAUUCGAGUGCGACACCAAAGGCGGCUCAUGGGAAUCCUGGCCGGAGAAGGAAAAGAACUGGUGCUGCGAUCACCUCUCAGUGGGCUGCAAGAGGUUUGACUGUGCACACCAAGUGGAGAACCUCAAAGAGGAAUGGAGUGGGGCCAAGAAAGACUUCUGCUGCCAAACGGCGGACGUGGGAUGUCCUGCGGCUCCUGCAAGCACGACUCAAGCGCUCUUCAACUGCCAGGAAGGUUUUGAGACCUGGGAGACGAGCUGGGAGGAUUUGAAGAAAGGCUGGUGUUGCCAAACGGAAGGAAAGGCCUGCAAGCCUUUUAAUUGUGAUUUUGGGCACAGCAAGGAGUGGCCAAGCCUCAAACAAGACUGGUGCUGCAUCCAGGAGGAGAAGGGAUGCACCACGACCACCACAACGACUUUGAGUCUAACCUUCGACUGUGAGUCGGGCCAAUCCAACUGGCACCAUGGCUGGUCGGAUGCAAAGAAGACUUGGUGUUGUCAACGCAUCGAUUGUGAUGCAAUUGGUGGCCAUGCACACGGUGCUGGUGGCUCAUUCCACCACAGUUGGACUACUGGCGGAGGCUCAAGUUGGAGUAGUGGCGGCGGUGGCUCAUUCCACCACAGUUGGGCCACUGGUGGCUCCUGGAACCACUCCUUCAACCACUCCUUCAACCACUCCUUCAAUAUGUCUUUCAACCACAGUUGGAGCAGUGGUGGAGGCUCCUUCAACCACAGUUGGAGCAGUGGUGGAGGUUCAUUCAACCACAGUUGGACCACGGGCGGUGCGUUCAACCAUUCCUUCAAUGUGUCCUUCAACCACAGCCCAGUCUUCCAUCCAUCCUCCAGCAUCAAGCACAAAUUGGGCUCCAGCGUCGCAGUCGCAACGACGGAUGUUCAUGGCGUUUCCUUAUGCCCCUUGGGUAACGUCCAUCAGUGUCCUGCUGUGUGGAUGGACAAAGGAAAUUCUGGUGGCUACCAUUGCCUCAACAAGCUGACGAACCAGAGCACACACCAACAUCUAAAGUCGGGUGGUGCAUGCCGACAUUAUAAAGAUGGGCCCUUCCCCAAGAUCGACUGCCCAGAUCGGAGCUCACAGCUCCCUCAGGUCAAAACCGUCACCGUCACCACCACCACCACCACCACCACAACCACAACCACGACCACCACAACCACAACCGCGACGACCACAGAGAAGGAGACAACAGAGGUUCCAAAGCUGGCCACAUUGGCACCUUUACCACAGGUGGAAUUGGCAACCAUGGCGCCCAUUCCAAUGGCAACUAUGGCGCCCCUGGGAACCAUAGCUCCUUUACCAGAGGUGCCAAUGGCAACUAUGGCGCCCCUGGGAACCAUAGCUCCUUUACCAGAGGUGCCAAUGGCAACUAUGGCGCCCCUGGGAACCAUAGCUCCUUUACCAGAGGUGCCAAUGGCAACUAUGGCGCCCCUGGGAACCAUAGCUCCUUUACCAGAGGUGCCAAUGGCAACUAUGGCGCCCCUGGCAACCAUAGCUCCUUUACCAGAGGUCGGCGGGUCACUGUCGAUCCCGGCAAUGCCUGGGGACAUGGAGGAUGACAUCGCUGCUGAGGUGGCAAAGAUGCAAAAGGACCUUGGUGAUGAAGAGGCGGAUGAGAUGAUGAAGCAGAUGAAGGCGCCUGAAACGGCUGAAAAAGAGGAGCCAGCCAAGGAGGAACCAAAGGCAGAGGAGCCUGAGAAGGCUGAGACAGCUGAGCCAGCCAAGGAGGAACCCAAACCUGAGGCGAAGGCACCUGAAACGGCCGAAAAAGAGGAGCCAGCCAAGGAAGAACCAAAGGCAGAGGAGCCUGAGAAGGCUGAGACAGCUGAGCCAGCCAAGGAGGAACCCAAACCUGAGGCACCUGAAACGGCCGAAAAAGAGGAGCCAGCCAAGGAAGAACCAAAGGCAGAGGAGCCUGAGAAGGCUGAGAUAGCUGAGCCAGCCAAGGAGGAAACCAAACCUGAGGCGAAGGCGCCUGAAACGGCCGAAAAGGAGGAGCCAGCCAAGGAAGAACCAAAGGCAGAGGAGCCUGAGAAGGCUGAGACAGCUGAGCCAGCCAAGGAGGAACCCAAACCUGAGGCGAAGGCACCUGAAACGGCCGAAAAAGAGGAGCCAGCCAAGGAAGAACCAAAGGCAGAGGGCGAGGUCAUCACCUCCUGGUUGUUAUCUUCGUUGCACCCCACGGAGUCCUGGAAACCGCGGCAGUUCAGCAUCGGAUCGGGCAAGGUGCACGUGGAUCAGUUCCAGCAUGCCUGGAAAGACCAGACGGCUGACUCCACGGUGGAGCUUCAUGUGGUGGAACCCUACGUGGAGGACUACCCCGGGCAGCCAUCGCUGCACGCCAUCUUGGUGAAGAACCCGGAGGCCAUGAAGCAGGUGCCGGUGCUGGUGGAGGUGAAGGAUGAAAAGUCGCAGCAGCAGAAAUGGAAGGCAGCAUGGGUGAAGAAUCCCGUGACCUUUGAAAGUCUGGCAGCCAUCGAUCAGAAAGGGCCAGCCCAAGAUUUGGAUCAGAUGCAGAUCACCGUCUUUGAUAUCCACCUGAAACAAGGGCAGAUGAUCAAGGUGAACCAGGGCGAUCUCAUCAAGUUUGUGGUGCCGGAGGAGCGCUUCGGAAAGUAUAGCGCGUCUGAGGGCUGGUGGAGUACCAAGGGCCAGCAAGGUGCACUCUCAGAUGAAAUGAAGCUGAGUCUGACCAAGACAGCACUGAACAUUGAAGAAGCUGAGAAGAGGGCCGAAGCACAGGACGAUGCGAAGUCAGCCACAGCAUGACUGAAAUGACGACCGGUCGUCCUAUGGUUUUCUCACCCUUUCUCACCCCAUUCACCGGUGCUUACUGGAAUAGAAGUACCAUAGUUCUUCGCAAUGUCGUGGAGCACGAGUUUUUCCCUUGAACUCCACUGACUCUGCUGAAUGUUGCAGAAUCUGAGGGUUAGCACUUCUUGGGGCCUCUUCGCCUGACGCAAAA